CUUCAGAUAGCCGAUAUUUGCUUAUAACCUUCGGUUAACCAAAUUUUUUCCAAGUCGUUUACUGAUUAUCGCAGUAAUUGUAUUCAAACUGGAAGUGGAAAACUUAAGACACCAAUACUGAACGUCAGUCAAAAAGGAAAGAAGGAGUAUGUCAUUCGACUUCAACGCUUACCAUUGAAGUACAAUUCCUUGUUGAAAGUCUUUGAAACGAAACAUUCCGAAGAACCUUCUGAGGAACCGCUCCUCUCUCUUCAUUUUCAUAAAAAUUAUAAUAGACAUCUUUGGCAAGCUAGAUCAAAAGAGGCUAACAAAUUUGAUUUCAUACCAUGUUCUUUGUUAGUUCCCUUUCAUUGUGUAUAUAGUAAGUGUUUGGAACAAUAACGCUGAUCUCAAAUAUGACAUCUGGCAUACUUAGCAUUAAGUCCUUCUUCAAUUCUCACUUUAUUGCCUUUCUCGAUAUCAUUCCAGUUCUAUACACCUAUGAUCCUCGAGUUUGAGGUAGACUAAUCCCCAUGGAAGAUAUGUCAAGAAAAGCGAAGGGAAACACUAACUGUUAAUCAAUUUACGAAGUCUAUAACAUUGGAAACAUGUUGAAAAAAUUCUUUGUUUACAGAACGCGUACGUACAGUCAGUUACAGUUAGGAACUCGGAAGCUUUGUAAUAAUUAUGACUUGAUCCUUAACAAUAAAUUUCUUACGAGAAUGAGAAUGAAGAGGAUUUAGAGUACAGAAGACAGAAAGAAUACAAUCCGCCUUAUAUAAUUUUGAUGUUAUUUAUACCCCCACCACCCCCAUGCAAGUUUGUUUUGAUUUUGGGGUAUAUGUUUACAUUCAGCUGAAUCUAUAGCUACCCUAAUCAAUCAUUGAAACAUUUAAAGGAAAGCUAUGGAGGGGGAUCAACAAUAUUUCGAUCCUUUAUUUGAUGCAUAUUCUCUUCGUGUAAUAGACCUACGUGAAAUUCUAAGUCGACACCAGAUAUAUUUCCCAUCCACGGCUAAGAAAGCACACUUGGUUGAAUUGUUCAACAAACUACGAAGAGUUAAACAUGGAUCUCUUUCAAUUGAUGAGCUACAAAAGGAAAACGCUCCUCCAAAUCGCAGUCCACGCCGGAAAUUCUUGGAAAUAUCUGCGAUGGACUCCGGAUUUGGUACUCCCUCAACUGCAAAUACAUCAAUGCGCAUUACGAGAAGCUCUGCUAGAGGAAUUGAAAACUCAGCCAGAAAGUUUCUUCCAUUCACACAAAGGAGCGAAAUUCUUGACGAGGAAGAAGUCGAAUUGUUGAAACAAGAAGAGACGCAGCAAAGGAGCCCUUUGUCAAUCUUUCAUACAGAUACCAAUCCAGUCUCUCCAAAACAUUACAACUGGGAACAACUAAUGGAUACUCCUGCAGUGUCGCACUUUUCGGAAGCCCCAGAGGUUUAUUCAGUUCAGCCAGCACGCAAUCCACAUUUUGAAAAAUCACAUGAAAAAUAUAAUGAUAAUGAAAACAAGUUUCUUGGAAGAUCAUCCAUUCCAACUGUUGAAAUCCCUGUUCAUUCGAGAUCGCCAUCCUCUUCGCAAACACUGUCUGCCAAUGUCGGAUUGAAACAAAAUUUAUCAUCUAAAUUACCAGAUUCUACAUUGUUAGCAAGUCCUACUCUUGCUGCGAAACCUGCAAGACUUCAAGGAAUCGAAACGCAGACGUCCCCAUUGUUCUUGUCCAAACAUCAAAAGUCAUCGCCGGAUACACAAAGCUCUUCUAACACAAGUAUUUAUGCAUCACCAUUGAAAUCACCGUCAAAGUUUCAGAAUUUUGCAAACCUAUUUCCAUCUCGUCGCACUCCCUUGGGAGAAACAAACUCGCAAUCCAUCACCCAAACAUCACCCCGUGAAUACUUCCAAUUUCGAUCUGAUAGUGAAGCCGAAUUUUCACCGACGUCAGUAAAAGCUUUUGUAAACAAAGAUAAUGAGAAAGUGAUCUCCUCGCCGGUCUCUAACUCUUCAUUAAUGUUCGCCAGUCAAUUAGAGAAUUUGUAUGCCAAGGAUCGAUCGCUUCCUGGAAAAGCACCUGUAAAUACACCUUCAAGUUUCUUUACUGUUGGAAAUCGGAUUCAAGAAACUUAUUCUCCUAACGAAGAAUUUGCCGAAAGUUUAUUUGCCCAGAAAGGUGUACGUCCUGACACAACAAAUCCGGUCCUCAACAACGUCAGUCUUUCAUCUACUGAAAACUCGUUUUUUGGAGAACAAGAAGAACCUUUAAAAAAAGGUUCUGAAACGUAUAUUAGCAAGAUGGGAAAAAUUCGAUUAUAUGGAGUGUUUCUGUCUGUGUUGUUUGUUGCGCUGUCCCUCGCAUUUUGGCAACAAGAAGUUAGACGAGUUGGAUUUUGUGAAAUUCCUGAGGAGCCGUAUCCUAGUUACAUAUCUUCCAUUAAACCAGAACCUGUUCGAUCAACUUUGCAGUCAGUGUACACUUAUUUAAACAUUCGAGGACUAAAAGCCAAGUGUGUGCCAUGUCCAUCCUCUGCAAAAUGUGGUAGAAAUAGAGAAUAUGUAUGUGAGAGCGAGACGAAGCAACAUACACCAUUCCUUUCACAUUUUGGAUUUAAGCCUCAUCCUAGUUGUAUUAGUAUCGGUUCUGUUACAGACCGUAUAGAAAGUAUAAUCAAGAGAUGCGUUGACAUGGUUGAAGAAUGGUAUACGCAAAAUGGAUCCAAGACUCAGAUAUCUCAUGGGGAAAAAUUAUCUCAAAAUCAUUUUCAUUCUUCAGUCAUUGACAAAUUCUAUGAAGAAUUUAAGGACAAAAUGGAUUUAGAAGUUACGAUGGACGAAUUUAAAGUUUACUUCAGACAAGCUCUAGAAAGACUUCAUAUUAUGAAGAGGAAAGAAAACAGAGUGCCGGAAAGCAUUCUGGUAAUAUAUUCGCACUUUAAAGAUGUGGCUAGCCAUCUCAGAGAUAUAAUAAACACCAAUGUUGUCGUUACCUCGAAAACUAUAAGCAACUCAAUUUCUCACUCGAUAAUUUCGUUGGUAUCAUCUAUACAUCAAAACGUUCCCAGAUUCGCCUUGAGGACAACAUUUCAAUCAAUCUACGAUAAUACUGGAAGUAUGCUUUACCAGUUGUCUACAAAUCUGAACAGAGUAUACUUUGAAUUGCUUGGAAAGAUCAUACGGUCAAUGAUGAGCCUUGGCGGAACCGGUCUUGAAUGGCUUGGGAAGAUGACACAGUUGCUUCUCAUACCGUUGAAAAAGUAUUCGAUGACGGCCUUGUAUGUUUUGUCCGCGUGUGUUGCUAUCCCAUACUUAUGGUCGUUGUUUAUUUCAUUUUACAGUACGGAAAAGCUUGUAAAGGUAUGCGUAAAACAUUGUGUUUCACGUUUGCAAGUUGCAAAGAAAAGUUCACUUAAAGAUGUUUCUAAUAAUCCACGCAUACAGUUGGAUGAAUUGCGCGCAGAGUGUUUCGUUUACCAUCCGGAACAGCUGAAAGAUCUCGAAUGUUUGAAAGACACAAGCAGUAUUACUCAGAAAAGAGUUUGGCGGCGAACCAUAGAAGUGAUUGACCAGAUGGUUAGUGUUCGGGUUUUUGACGAUAAGUUAACGAACAAGCGCGCUUGGGAAUGGAUUGGCGUUUUACCAGACAACGCGUAUUAAUGGUAUUUUAUCGGUUGGUAUUUCUAGGCUAGUAAGAAAGAUAAUUAGCAUUUAAAAAAUAGUAUUUAUUAGUUAUAACUUUGACAUAAACAACACAACAAUUGCGUG